AUGACUGGCCCCGAUCCCGAAGAGGACGCUUCAGAUCGGAGUUUAAAAUGCGCCAGGCCCGGCCUAGAGUUUGCCGAGUUCUUCCGCCUACAGACCCUACUUACUGGAGUUGUAUUUCGUCUAUCGAAGGAACCAGCCGUUGACAUCACUGCAAUGAUUUCUAUCGAACGACGUGGGGUCCACUUCGCCGGUCAGAUGUCGCUUGUUCUCGCUGUAUUCGUGCUCGGCCUCGUGAGCUCGCCGGCAGCGAGCUCAGCCCUUCCAGUGACGUACAGGGACGUCGUCGUACAACAGACACCGAUCCGCGUACUCAGAUGUCCCAUGUGUGAAAAUAGUGCACUCAUACUCGCUGAGCAGGAUAUCAUCAAGUCGAAGAAGAGCGGAUACUCUGAUCAGCGUAUUGCUGAACUCGAGGGCAUGCUCAUGAACAAUCGAGUGAGGAAAAGUGGAUAUUCGGAUCAACGACUCGCCGAGAUGGAAGCUAUGCUCCUAAACGGGAACAAGAUGCGUCGCAGUGGAUUCUCGGACCAGCGCAUCGCGGAGAUGGAGGCCAUGCUGAUGAAUUCGAUGAAGCGUCCUGCACAGCGAGCCCUCACAGGAGACCAGUCGAGAUCAUCCAUUCCUCACUCUACGAUUCAAUGAUUUGUCCGAUCAGUCAGUAAAUCAAUC